AUGAACGCGCUACCCUCAUUCCUGCAGCCUGCCGUCCGCAAAGGCCCUCGGUACUCCACGCGACCAUUCUACACAAGCAUCCUUGUGUUCACCACCCUUGUCGCUCUCACAUUCGCCGUCAGAAAUAUUGGAUCUGGACAGGUACAUCAGCGCACAGCAGCGGGUGUCUCCCUUCUCAAGCGGGAAAAAGAACCAGAGUGCCGCCUCGUACGAGACGUCAAAGAUCAGUGUUCUUAUGUUCGCGACAACUGCCCCGACCAUCAAGAUGGCCUACUCUCUUAUCUCCAGCUGUACUAUUGCUCCCUGUCCGAUGCGAAGCCGGUGGCCUUCAUGAUCUUGAUUCUUUGGCUGUCGCUACUAUUCAGCACCAUCGGAAUCGCGGCCAGUGAUUUCUUGUGCAUUGACCUAAGUACGCUAGCAAGCGUCUUGGGACUGAGCGAAAGCCUAACGGGCGUGACGUUCCUCGCAUUUGGAAAUGGCAGUCCCGAUGUCUUCUCGACCUUUGCCGCAAUGCGGUCGAAUAGCGGGAGUCUUGCGAUUGGUGAAUUGAUUGGAGCGGCCAGUUUCAUCACGUCUGUAGUUGCAGGCUCUAUGGCUUUGGUCCGACCCUUCAAGGUAGCGCGCCGGAGUUUCGUCCGAGAUGUGGGCUACUUUAUUAUAGCUGUCAGCUUCAGUAUGUUUUUGUUGGCCGAUGGCAGGCUUCAUGUCUGGGAGUCAGCCGCCAUGGUGGCUUUGUAUGCCUUCUAUGUUUUCAUGGUUGUAACCUGGCACUGGUAUCUGGUUCGCCGCCGCCGAAGGUACGAACGAGAUCUUGCCGCACGAACUCACUUUCACAUCCCGGACAACCAGGAGUUGGAGGUGGAACAAACCAUGGAAGAUGACGACCCAGGUGUGGCCUCGGAGUCACGAAGUCUUCUCCGCGGAGCAUCCACAGAUGACUUUGACAUGUUGGAACGAGCCGAAGCAGUUCCCAUCUGGAAGGAGGAGGAAGAUGAGGAUGACGAGACUCGUAACCGAUAUCUGGCCGAGAUUAGCGAUAACAUGCAUGUCUAUCGGCCUCCAAAUAGAUCACGGCGAAACACCAUGAACCCAAUUCGGCCAAGUCUCGUCGGUGCUCUGGAAUUUCAAUCCGUGCUUCAUUCGCUUCAGAAAUCACGCAGCCAUAAGCCAACCAUCAGCUUGAGCAGCUACUCGGACGAUGGCGAUAAUUCUUCCCAGCCUUUUGACACUCGAUCGAUUGCAUCGCAUCCUCGCGCUAGCAGACCCACGGGAUACAAUGACCGUCUGUCACCUCUCAGCGCAGAAGGUCCCCGAGCACGAGCCGUGUCGGCCAACGGUGCUGAUGGAUUAAGGCUUGAUACCAGCGUGUUAAACCGACGAACCGACGAAACUCCGCGUCUUACUCCUCUCCCUCAUCGUCUGAAUUUCCUUCACCAAAUCAAAGCCCUGUGGGCGCCGGGUUUCCCUCAAACACCGGACCUUUUGGCACCGCCAGAUGCGUUCCACGCUCCCAAUUACCAAACUGGGGCCACUCAUGAGCGUUCUCCACUUUCAAUUUCCCCUCGAGGGGGACCUGGAAGCUAUAAUUCUGCGCUUACCCCAGAGAGCCCUGCUGCACCGUUCCCCGCGUUCGUUGAUGGAUCGUCUUCUCCACAUCCUCGCCCCCCUAGUAUCUAUCUCCCCAUGCCGGCAGCGAGCCCGUCAGAACAGUUGCUAUUCCACGAUGGCCUCGAUGAGAUGGCCAACGAAAGUUCCUCGUUCCGACUAUACUUCAGAAAGUUGUGGCCUUCAGCCUUCCCUCCUCCGAAGCGGAUCGGCUGCACCCUCUUUCCUACCUUGGCUACCUGGAAAUCCAAGGGCAUCGCCGAGCGUUUGCUAGGAAUUGUCGCAGCGCCCAGCGUAUUUCUCCUCACCAUCACCGUUCCAAUCAUCGAGCCUCAAGGCCCCGAGUCUGCCGAUCCCGAUUCGGUGCCGGCUGUAAUUAUUGACCGGGUUAGAGAUGAUGAAUAUCGAGCUCCCAGGAUCAGUCUCCCGGCUGAUAGCCCUCUCAUCCACCCGGGCCACGACCACCAUGACUCUUUCCCAGAUGUUCAAACUUCCCACCCCCACCGCAAGUCACACUCUGAACAAUACCGCCCCGGUCGUCCACGUUGGGACUCGGAACUUCCAGCCCCAGCACCACACCUCGAUACCCCAGACUGCCAUCUACCAGCCAAAGACUGGAACCGCUGGCUCAUCGGAACUCAACUCUUUACCGGCCCCUUUUUCUUCACCCUCAUCGCAUGGACCGCCAUCGACGAAGACAACGACCCUCGCAACCUCAUCUUACCAACUCUGGUGUCCCUCCUCUUCUCAUUCCUCUGCCUUGCAGCUCUCAUCGUCUCAACCCGCCGCCGUCCCUGGCACCAAAGCAGCGAUCAGUCCGAGCAAGAUCCCUCCGAACAGCGCGCUGCUCCCCUCCCCGACUCCUGGCGUCCUUUCCUAGCCCUCCUAGGCUUCCUGGUCGCCAUAGCAUGGAUCGCAACAAUCGCCACUGAAGUCGUCUCCCUCCUGAAGACCAUCGGUGUCAUUCUGGACAUUUCAGACUCGUUAUUGGGAUUGACCGUCUUCGCAGUCGGUAACUCUCUUGGCGAUCUCGUGGCUGAUAUCACAGUCGCGAGACUUGGAUACCCCGUCAUGGCACUGAGCGCCUGCUUCGGUGGUCCCAUGCUUAACAUCUUACUUGGAAUCGGCCUGGGCGGUCUAUACAUGACCUUGAACGGAGGCCAUGCGCCUCGGGGACAUGAUGAGAUCGCUAUCGAAGCUCCAUAUGAGAUUGCCAUUUCCAAAGUCUUGGUUAUUAGCGGGGCUACUCUGCUGGUCGUACUCGUUGGUCUUCUCAUCGUUAUCCCGUUGAACGGCUGGAGAAUGGAUCGCAAGAUCGGGUGGGGGUUGAUUGUGGUUUGGUGUUUGAGUACAUUGGGGAAUGUAAUUGCCGAGAUUGCAUCAUGA